GGCUAGCAAGCUGAGAGUUAAUAUCCAGAUCUUUUUUUUUCCUUCUCUUUCAUUUCAUCUCUUGAUAAUCUCCAACUCCUAAACCAAAGAGACAUCUCAUGGCUACCUCGACACACGCCCUCGCGGAGGGAGAGAAGCCAAUCAUACCUGGCGGUCUUGACCCAAGACCCGAACAGAGUGAUCUCGAAAAUAGCUCAACACGAGCGCCUUCAACAGCGGCCGAGGUGGACUACGACAAGAAGGAGGCGCUUGCCAAUACCACCGAUGAGGAGGAGGGGGACGUCGCCACCCCAGAUCAAGCAAGCCCAGAUGCAGUCAACUCUGAGGAAUACCCGACAGGGCUGCGUCUGCUCUUCAUUGUCGUUGCCUUGGUAUUGAGCAUAUUCCUGGUGGCUCUCGAUAUGACCAUCGUUGCGACCGCCAUCCCUAAAAUCACAGAUGAAUUUCACGGCCUGGCUGAGGUGUCGUGGUAUAGUUCGGCCUUCUUCAUGACCCUCGGCGGAUUCCAGUCUACAUGGGGCAAGGCAUACAAAUACUUCCCUCUCAAGACCAGCUUCCUCAUUUCUAUUUUUAUCUUCGAGCUCGGCUCCCUUCUAUGCGGCGUCGCGCCCAACAGCAAAGCCCUCAUCGUGGGCCGCGCCAUCGCUGGUCUGGGAGCAGCGGGCAUCGGCUCUGGCGCGUACACCAUUAUUGCCUUCUCUGCUGAGCCUAAAAAGAGACCCAUGUUUACGGGAAUCAUUGGUGCCAGCUAUGGUAUUGCUUCUGUCGUGGGGCCUCUGAUCGGUGGUGCCUUUGCGGACAAGGUGACCUGGCGCUGGUGCUUCUACAUCAACUUGCCCAUCGGCGGACUCUCGGGCGUCAUCAUCCUGUUGUUCUUCACAACACCCAGCGCCGCCAAGCCUGCGCAGGCUCCCCUCCGCGAGAAAUUCUUGCAGAUGGACCCCGUCGGCGUGGUUCUCAUCAUGGCCGCAGUUAUUAGCUACAUCCUCGCCCUGCAGUACGGCGGGCAGUCUCACCCCUGGAACUCCUCCGUCGUCAUCGGGCUCCUUGUCGGGUUCGUGGCCCUCGUCCUCGCCUUCGCGGCAUGGGAGAGGUUCCAGAAAGGCAGGGCGAUGAUGCCGGGACGCCUCAUCGGCAACCGUGUGUACCUUGUGUCCUCGCUCUUCGCCUUCUUCUUCGCGGGCGCGUACUUCCUCAUCAUCUACUACCUGCCCAUCUACUUUCAGAGUAUCGACAACGUCAAUCCCACGCAGAGUGGCGUGCGGAACCUGCCUCUUAUCCUGGCUGUCACCGUCGCGACGAUUGUGAGCGGUGCGGUCAUCAGCUCCACAGGCCUCGGGACCCCCAUCAUGGUCUUUGGUUGUGCUCUGGCUGUUGCUGCCGCUGGCCUUAUGUACACCUUGGAUAUCGGCACGCCCGCAGGCAAGUGGAUCGGCUAUCAGAUUCUCGGCGGCGUUGGCUGGGGACUGGCGUUCCAGAUCCCCAUUAUUACAGGCCAGGCCGUGAGCCCCGUCGAGGAUCUUGCCGAGGUGACCGCCAUCAUCCUGUUCUUCCAAACAGUCGGCGGCGCCUUUCUCGUCUCGGCCGCCCAGUCUGCCUUCGUCAACAUCCUCAUCAAGACGAUCCCGUACUCAGCGCCUGGCGUCGAUCCCACACUGGUCAUCGCCACCGGCGCUACGGAGCUCAGGAACGUGUUCCCAGCGGAGCAGGUAUCCGGCAUCCUCGUGGCGUACAUGAAGGGUCUGAAGAUCUCGUUUGCGAUUGCUCUGGGUGCGACGGCCCUGGCGCUGUUGAUCGGGUUGUUUUCAAGGUGGAAGAGGUUGAAUACAGCUGCCAUCACUACUGGUGGCGCCGCUUAGACUUGGAGGGUGACUGGUAAUAGAUUAUAGAGGUAAUGAAAAGGCGUUGGAGGCUCAGAGGUUAUUUGGAUGAGCGAUCAUGAUCUGUCAUAAGUUUUGCAUUGGAGCUGUAUAUAUAUAUUAUACUUUUUGGAGAAUGGCUCGUGCCCAUUUUUCAUAUGUUAAGAAAUCCUGCUAGAGGGGCUGCCAUAGAUGAUAGAUUUCAUAAUCGGGAAGAGACCAUCCCCCUUUAUUUAGCUUAUUUUGCUUACAGAAAUUCUACUUUGGGGUUUCUUGUC